GUGUGUGUCAUGAGUUAGUGUGCGUGUAUGUGUGCAUUACGAGAAAGGCCAGCGCAGAGCUUAGAGUGUAACGUGAAUAGAGCUCCAGUCCUCGCCACCGUCCCCAUCGCUUACGUUUCUUUAUAACCCAUUCUUCAAUCGAUUUUCUCUCUCUAACAUGCAAGUUCCUUCACCCUCCAACGUUAUGCUCGAUUCCUGUUCUUGAUUCCAUCGAUUUUUGUUUCUCUGAUUCUUUCCUCAUUUUGCCGUUUCUCACCUCUUUCCGCCUCUUUCAUUGGGGGAAGAUCAGCGUCAUGAAGAACGAGGAGCAGAUUCGGACUCUGUUUGGGAUUUCCCUCACGGAUAGGCCUAAAUGGCACCAGUUCCUCAUUUGCUCUUCUGGAUUUUUCUUCGGCUAUUUAGUUAACGGCAUCUGCGAGGAAUAUGUAUAUAACAAGCUGCAAUUCAGCUAUGGAUGGUACUUCACAUUUAUUCAAGGAUUUGUGUAUCUGUUUCUGAUAUAUCUCCAAGGCUUCACUGCCAAGCAUAUGGUGAACCCUUGGAAGACUUAUGUCAAGCUUUCUGCUGUGUUGAUGGGUUCCCAUGGCCUCACCAAGGGGUCUUUGGCCUUUCUUAACUAUCCUGCUCAGCUCAUGUUCAAAUCUACAAAGGUUUUGCCAGUGAUGAUAAUGGGUGCCUUCAUACCCGGCCUCAGACGAAAAUAUCCUGCUCAUGAAUACGUUUCUGCUGUACUUUUGGUUGUGGGUUUGAUCAUCUUCACUUUAGCAGAUGCACAAACAUCUCCAAACUUCAGUAUUCUCGGCGUGGUCAUGAUAUCGGGUGCACUAAUCAUGGACUCAUUUCUUGGAAAUCUGCAAGAAGCCAUCUUUACCAUGAAUCCUGAAACCACACAGGUGAUUCCUCACUGGUCCUAUCCUUGUUUCUGUGGUUGGUUACAUGUGAAAAAGAAAGCUGAUUCCAAACUGACCAAACAGAUGGAGAUGCUCUUUUGUUCUACUGUAGUUGGCUUGCCUUUCCUGAUCCCACCCAUGCUUCUCACUGGAGAAUUGUUUAAAGCAUGGACUUCAUGUUCUCAGGUAACAGUUAGCUCUCUCUCUCUCUCUCUAGAACUACAUUUUCUCUUACCUUUUUCUCCAUUUUCUUCCUUCUUUUCAACCCCUAUUGUGCUAAGUGAAACACACAUUCUAAGAAUACCAUGUUUUAUGCAGCACAAAUACGUAUACGGUGUGUUAAUUUUUGAAGCCAUGGCAACCUACGUCGGCCAAGUCUCUGUUCUUUCACUCAUUGCCCUAUUUGGGGCAGCUACUACAGCCAUGAUAACAACUGCUAGAAAGGCAGUGACAUUAUUGCUAUCUUACUUGAUAUUCACAAAGCCAUUAAGCGAACAACAUGCGACUGGUCUGCUGCUCAUAGGCAUGGGGAUCUCGCUGAAGCUCUUACCUGAUUACAAGCCCAAAAACAGAGCCUCUUCAAAUGCCAGAACUUCCAGACCUGCUAACAAUGACAAUGAAAUGACUCCUCAAAUUGAAAGUGAGAAAGAUGAAGAAAGAAGGCCAUUGGUUUAAAUUAGGAUACUUUUUUAUUGUAUUUUCCCCCCAAAUCCCAUGUUAUAAAUGUAAGAAGGAUGCCUCUCAACAAUACAAUUUCAGUAGAUGGCUUCUCCACAUGCUCUGAUGAUAGCAAUCUCAAUGUUCAAAAUAGCUGAAAUGAGUUGUAAAUGAGGUCAUAUAGGUCUUCCAUUUUUUACGAUCACCCAUCACCAUGUCAAUUUAUAUCCUAUUUUUUUGAACAA